AUGUCAAUUCAGCUGCUGAGCGCCGAUUUGGCUGCAUUGGUAGCAGAGACUAAACGUAAGAACACGGACAUUCGCCACGCAGCUGACAGGUCCCUUGAGACUCUCAAAUCUGGACAUGGAAAAGAUGAAAGAGCUUUUCUAAAAUCGCUGUCCCAAAAUCCUGACUUCAUCAAUCCUUUCCUUCUUGCUUGCCAAUCCAAAAAUGCUAAACUUACCGGGAUUGCCCUUCAAUGUUUUAGUAGGCUAAUUCCGACACACAGUUUGCCUGCAACAAAGGUGGAUUUAGUCAUCGACGCUCUAUUAGAGUCCACUCACUCCGCUAUAGAUAUACAACUCAAGAUCCUGCAAUUGCUGCCCUCCUUCUUCCAAGCAUACUCAAUGUUCAUUAAUGAUGAAACGCUUUCUAAGUUGCUAUUAGUGUGCUCGUCCUUGCAAAGUACAAACCGGAUGGGUGCUGUUGUCAACACAGCGCAAGCCACGUUUCUACAAUUAGUGAAUUUAGUGUUUGAGAAGGUGCACGAUGAAGAUGAAAAGGGAUGCCAGGAAGCAUUAUAUCCUGUCCCGAUAAGCACUCAAGAAACAAGGAAAGUUGGUCCUUGCGCGUAUGAUGCACAACGAAUUGUCAGCGACCUUUGCACUCUCAUUGAGCACCACAAGCCAGCGUUCUUGAAAACGAAUUAUAUUACCGAGGAUUUUGGUUUCGAGUUACUGGAAAGCAUUGUUAAGAACAAUCGACAAACGUUUUUGACGCACGAGGAACUCGCUCAUUUACUAAGACUCCGCGUGGCCCCAAUCCUGCUGCGUUUUCUGUCGUCAAGCAAAGAUUUCACAGCGAUGGUCCGCGUAUCGCGCUUGAUCUCGCUUCUAAUCCAGGAACAAUUCGAAGUUCUCAAAAUUGAGUCUGAAGUAACCCUUUCACUUCUGAAUCACAUAUUGACGAAAGAAUCUGCAACGCCUGUUUGGAAACGCAUUUUGUCUCUGGAAAUAUACCGUGCCAUAUUCAAAGACUUCGAACUAGUCAGCAAGAUAUUCACCGAAUACGACAAUAACCAAGAAGAAGAGCGAAAAAAGGUGUUUUCUGAUUUUUUUAAAGCAUGUCUUGAAAUUGUGAGCGAGCAUAAACAGAUGCUUAAUACCGGUGACCUGAUACAGGCCCCUUUUAGCUCUGCCACACACUCUGGCACUGUCCAAGAAGCGAAUUCUUCCAAGUCCAAGAAACCAACGCCUAGCUCCGCACCUGCCACCAUUCGCCAGGCAGAAGAGAAAAAGGUUGGUCUAUCGAUUGCCAAAUCCGCGAUAAAGUUUUCCUACAUUGAUUCACUCGAUAAAGCCGACCCUCCACAUGUACCAGAAACAUAUUCCUGCUAUUUGAUUUGUCAGAUUAUUAUAAGCUUUUGCGAAGGUCUCUGCAAAGCUACUCUUGAUUUGGCUUCCGAAGGAGAAACUGUAUCAUUUUUAAACGAGACCACAUUCUCCGACAAGUCGAAGCAGCUGCAAUAUGCCUGCUUGAGUGUAAUGCUGCUCUCCAACUCAAAGGAUUUACUAGAGUUGCACAAGAUCUUCUUGUAUUCGACAAUAGAUUCAGAUCUUUUCUCGAAAGUUGUCAGAUCUUUGCAGAAACUGUGCCAUGCGUCAGGUAUAUUGUCGUUGAAAGAAACAAGGAACGAAAUCCUUAAUUUUUUUGCAAUCUCGACCUUAAAGUUAACGGGCAAAGAGGGCCGUCAAAACAAGUUCCUGUCAUUCGGUGAGUCUAUAGUCGGAACAAUCAGCUCCACUAUUGGAAACGCUGUUUCAAAUAUGGCAAGUACCUCUUCUGAGACAGAACCUUUGCAGCUGUACAGCAGAAACAUUAAUUCACGCCAAAUUAUGUGUUUGAGGGUUCUUCUGAGUUUGGCAACAUCGUUAGGUGCGGUUCUGGAUGAUAAUUGGGACAUCAUCUUCAUUACGCUUCAGUGGGUCAGCUACUAUCUUGAUGGGCCCUCAGACAUCAAUAUAAAGGAAGUCUCGCCAUUGCCCACAUUGCUUAAUGAUCAGGACCUUGUACAUGUGGAAUCCUCGCUGAAGAAGCUCAAGGAAAGUUUGAAUUCCCAAUCGAAAGACGUAUUUUAUUCCAUAGUCAAAUCUUUGAUGCGUUUGUCAUCCAUGGUUCUGAAAUCAUCGCUUACAAACGAAGAUCGAAAGGGAACCAAACCGGUGAAUGACGGAAAACUUGAGCCUUCCAUCCUAAACAAAAGUUUCUUUAUCAACAAGCUCACCGACAUUUGCGAAAUAAAUCCAAUCAAAUUUCUUGUUGAAUCGGAUCAGAACUGGCAAUGUAUUAGCCAGUUCAGUAUCUCUACAGCAAAAGAUAGGUCAUUAGAAGACUCGCUCCGCAUACUAGUUGCUCGAAAUUUCAAUACCAUUGUCAAAAACGUCGCUGUGGCGGGGUUCAAUUCCAAUUCAGAAGCCAUCAGAAAUGAAACCGAAAAUAAAAUUCUCAAUGCAUUGAACGACUUCAUUGACAAUUUCGCCAAAUUACCAAUCUCUGAAGAGAUUCUAGUGACGAACUGUGAGAUAGAAGUUCAGCUACUCACUUUGAAUACAUUGAAAGACAUCGUUGACCAAUAUGGCAUGCUUAUAACACAUCGUUGGGACGUAGUUACUCAAAUGCUCAAUAGUCCUUUUGAAAUAAUAAGCAACAUGGAUGAUGGCAUGUUGAAGGAGAAAGCAGUGCGCGAUAUUAUUACCUCUGUUCUUCGUUCCACAUUCGAGACCUUAAAAGUGAUUUUGGAUACAGUGUUGCAAAGCAUCGCAGGAAACCAAAUAAAGGUCAUCAUUGACUGUCUCUUCAACUUUGUGACUCAGAAAUUUGACCUGAACAUUUCUUUCAAUUCGAUUAGCUAUUUCUGGCUUAUUAGUGAUUAUCUGAAAGAAAAAAUUGAAUCCGAGGAUGUUAGUUCUUCAAAAUUCGAGACGGUUAUUGAUUCUCAAGAGCCACUGCAAAGAUUCAUUGAUUUUGACUCUCUAGCGCAAGCGCCGGAUAUUGAUAAAUACAAAGGGUUGUGGCUCUACCUCAUUUUGCAAUUGUCCAAAACUGUCUCAGAUCCCAGAACGCAAGUCAGAAAUGGCUCAAUUCAGACUUUCUUCAACGUCAUAGACUCUUAUGGGCCACUUUCUCCUUCCUGGAAGCUAAUCUAUGAUAUUACCUUGAGUCCGGUCAUUAUGUCUAUCGAACCAGCUGAAGAAUUGUCUGUUGAAUGGGUAGAAAGCUAUAUCCUAAUCGUGAAUGGCCUAAGCAAACUUUUCAGCCAAUACUUUGAUUACUCAAGUGAAUCCAGUAUAGUAUAUUGGAGGGGAUUGUUGAAUUUUUUUUCCAAAUUGAUCAAUCUUGAUUCGAACCGGACUGAAAUCAAUCUACAAGUAUUCAAAGCAUUUUCUCAGAUAGUGACUAGUUUCCAAGUUCAACCACCACAAGAGCUAGUGGAAAUUUUGUACGAGUUCUGGGCUGGUUUCCAGAUUUCUUAUAAUUUGUCAGAUGAUUCGCUCUAUCAGACCUCGCUAUCGGCGUUCAUUGCAUCAUUUUCUGAUUUGUUUGAAGUCCUGAAACCGGUUCUGACUUUAGCAAAGUUUGAGCACAUUCUGACAUUGCUCAACUCCUGCAUCAGAUAUCCAAUUUUGACUGGGACCCAGAAAGACGAUAACAAAUGCACAGAACUCCAAAAACAGGUCAUAGACACUCUUGCUGGUUUAUGGUUUGAUGAUCUCAAGUAUGAGUCGCUGCUUAUCCAGCAACUAAACUUGAUUGUUAUCCUUCCUUUUUCGACAAGAGAUCUGAUUCAGAAAAAACUGGGAGCGAGAGUUUCUAAAAUCCCCACAUUUAUAGCAGCAAGUCACGAGGCUUUGCAGCUUUUGAAACAGCAUUUGGAGCGCAUUUCAGACCUGACACCAUUUUUGAACGACAGGUGCAUUAUCAAAACUUACAAAGCACUCUUAGAACCAUCAAAGUCAAAGGAUUCCGAGUUUCAGUGCAAUGGCGAUCACCUGUGGAUGGAGAGCAUGAACAUUCUUGUCAAUUUGAGCGCUCGAGUUUCUCUUUUGCUAGCACACUCGCACGAAGUGAAAGAUGAAGUCAAACCACAAUUGAGCCAGUUACUAAUUCAAACGUUCAAGACAUCAUUUAGCUAUUCAACUUCCGAAGAUGAGGAAUCCGAGUCCUUUGACUUGGAGAAAUAUCAACAAAUGAAGAGUUGUUUGGUGCCACUUUACUCUGAAAGUCCCUUAUCCUCAAAACUUGAAGCUGAAGAGUUCAUUGUCACUGUGUGGACUUCAUCUUUUCUUUACGCCUUGGAUGACAUUGAGAAUUCGAUACUGGAAUCCUCAAAGUCUCCAUCAGAGGUCGCUCAAAAAUUGUGCAAUUACAAUCUGAAUCUUGUUUACGGUUCCACUGCGGAGCUAUCCAAGUUGCCCAGACUCAGACUUGCCAAGACUUGUUUGCAGGACCUCAUUGAGUUCUCGAUUCCCCGGGAUAACAAUUCAUUGUUCGAGAAGUGUCUACCAUACUUUAUUUCACGAUGUGCGUUUGCCCUUCGCAAACUACUAAGCGACGAGAGACUUGUUUACAAACAACCAGUUCCCAGAAUUCAGCAAACCGAGAUAAAUAUUGUCCUCAAUGGUCUUAUGACCAUUACCAACGUGCUGGACACUUCUUCUAAUCCGAAACCAAUCUAUGACAAGUUGAUGGUACUUUUCCCUCUUCUUGUGCAGGCUAUAGCCGUGAAGACAGAUACGAACCAGCUUAUGCAAAAACUCACUUUGAAACUAGGCAGGGAUCAUUAGCUUCGCUCUAUUAUAUAUAUUUCAUGAAUUCGAAGGCGCAGUUUUGUAGGAUGAGUAAGUUUGGGUGGUCGGAUCACGGGAUGUUUCUGGUAGGCAGGAUGUUGAAUUAUCAACCAGUAGGAUAUUUGAUGGAGUUUGCUCUUGAAAGGUAUUCUGUAAGCUGACGGGAUUGUAUACUGUGGGGAUGGUGUGUUUGGCUCCCAAUCCUAACCUGACGCGCUCAUAAUCUCUCCAUGUCAUCUGGACAAUUGAUGACCCAUCAAAUUCACCAUUCUUGUUAUCGUGUCCCCCCUUGUCACCCCCUUGCAGUUUUCUGGUAUCCCCCCAGCUGAAGUCAUCAAACUUCCAAAAAGCGUAAGCAGGGAGCACAAAGUUCCAUAUGGGUAGGGACAAAAAGUACACAAACAUCCACAGAAUGUAUGUCAAGUCUGAAAUUGUAACAAUGAUUAAUAGCCCCGGUAGUCCAAAGAUAAUUGCCAUAAGGAUUAAAGACAUCACAGGGGUGGGCGUGGUAACUAGAGAAAUGACGAUGAUAUAAAGUGUGAAUGUGAUCGAAGCAGGCAAAACCAAGGUUCCCACGAGCUCCACUGCGAUGAUGAAAUUCAUUGAGAAACAGAACGUUCCACAGAGAUCUUUCACGAGUACCAACUCCAUCAGAUUGUGAACCGUUGAGUUGAUCCAUCUUCUUCGUUGAGAGAGAAGAACGCUGAAUCUUUCUGGAACAACGGUCUUACAUGCUGCUUUUGGAACAAACACUUGUUUUCGUCUGGGGAACGUGCGAAGCAUUAACGAAGACAAAUAUCUGUCUUCACCCAGCAAAAGAAGAUUUUUCUUGUGAAGACUGUCAAGAAC